AUGUCGGUGGUGCAAAUGGUGACAGCCGUUGACACGGUGACUGCAGUGGAGAAUGAAGACGUGGUUUUGCCCUGCUCCAUCCCCCCUGAGACCAGCAUCCCGAACCUGGAGCUGCGCUGGUUCCGGGAGAAGGGGGAUGAGUUGGUCUCGUUCUUCAAGGAUCAGAGGGAGGACCUGGAGUUGCCUGGAGACAGCUACAGGGGCAGAGCGCACCUGUUCACUGCUGAGCUGUUGGAUGGAAACGCCUCUCUCCACCUGAGCAGGGUCCAGACCUCCGAUGCCGACCUCUACACCUGCUCCGCGUUUGUGGGGCUGGCAUACGGUCAUGCAGAGGUGGAGCUGAGGGUUGAGGGCAGACAACCACUUAUUGAAGUUACAGAGGAGGACCGUUCCGAAUUGGAGCAAGAGGAUACCUCCCGCUCCCCAUCAUAUACUGAGACAGAACUGGAAGAAACAGUUUUACGGACUAAUCUGCAUUGGAUAGGUGCCAUUAUUGUGAUGUCCAUUGUCAUAACUCUCAUAAGUAUGAAGUUAAAAGGGAAAGCACCACAAGGACCAGACAAGACAGGGACACAUAAGGAGAGGAUUAUGCCAACAACUGUCUCCCAUCUACAGUCACAAAACCGAACUAAUGCAAGCUCAUCAGCACGGACAAGACAAGAGCAGGAACAAAAGCAAAAGGAUUCUGCAUCAUCCAGAGGCUGGUGGUAUUCCUUGACCAGCUUUCUUCACACAAACAGUCCGUCAACCCCCCAAAACAACACCCCCAUGCUCCAAGUGUCACCAAGGCUGGGAUCAGAUGGGAGUUUACCCCCAUCGGUCAGCACUGGACCUUCAUCACCCUCAGUGCCAGUGCGGGGAGCGGCCCAGCGGACACAGCUGCCACAUACCCAGAGAGGUCCCCGGCGCUUCACUUUCAUUGUUCUGAGCUCAUCCGCAAUCCAUGAAAUUCAAUAA